AUGAGUAUAUCUGCUCUCCCCCUAUGCGAUGCUGGGAGGGUGUUAAGGCAACCUACUGCUUUUUUGAGUCUAUAUGAGUUCAUCGGUCUCAUGGUCGAGGCCUACGACAAAAUCUUUCGCCAAUCAUAUAUAUCUCUGAUCGGGCAGAUAAUGUACAUAACAAUGUGCAUCGGUUGUGCUGAAGAACAAAUGGGGGAGGCCAAGAGGUAUAAGGAGGCUAACGGAAAUCUCUUGAGGAAGUUGGAGGAAACCCCUUCCCUCAUCUAA